AUGUCUGAUUUUGCUCCAAGCAUUCCAAAUGAUCUCAUUGUCGACAUAUUAGUACGACUCCCGGCUAAAUCAGUUGGCCGAUUCAGGUGUGUUUCGAAACCAUGGCGUUCAUUGUUGUCAAGCUUUCGGUUCAUCAGGGCUCACACCGACUUCCACCUUCUCUAUGAUCUUGAUGAAAAGAUUGUCCUCUCAGCUUCCCGGAACUCUGUUCAUUCCCCUGACUCUCUUCACAUAUUAACUUUUUUCACCAAUGAAAGUGAAAGGAGCAGCAGCAUUGAUGGUAUUUCAAAAGAGGUUAGUUUUCCGCUUUUACAUCCAAAUGAUCAAUUUGUUGUUGUGAAAGGUUCGUGCCAUGGAUUAGUUCUACUAAUGAAUCCCGAUUCUUAUAGUAUUUGUUUGGCAAAUCCUGUCACAUUAGAGGUUGUAAAAAUACCUGAUUUUUGCUCACCACUAGACUUCGAUGGAAUCUCAUAUGGGUUGGGAUACGAUAACACUACAGAUGACUACAAAGUUAUGGCACUUUCGUAUUAUCGAAAGCGUGUUACUAGUGAUGAUUCCAUUGCUGAAACAUUUGUGAAUGUUUAUAGUACGAAAUCAAGAGCUUGGAGAAAACUCGCAAUCUCCCCUUUUGAUCAUGCUGAGCUUCAUGGUAAACACGGAGUAUUCGUAAAUGGUUUUAUUCACUGGUUGGCUUGUGAAUAUAAGACCAAAAUGGCUCCAUUUCGUAAUCAGAGAUCUGUUAUAGCUGCUUUCGAUUUGGCCCGAGAAGAAUUUCAGAAAUUACCACCUCCUAAAAGUGUGGAAGAACACAUGUUUGUGGUUUAUAAGCUUACUGUUCUUCGAGGAUGUCUUGCAAUGGUUACUGGUUUAUGCGAUGGUGUCUUUGAGUUUUGGGUGAUGAUAGAUUAUGGAGUGCAAGAAUCUUGGACUAAAUUCUCUAUUAUUUACCCUGAAGAUGUACCAAUGUUGCGGUCAUUGAAAGUAGUUUAUGUCUUAAGUGAUAGUACUGAGGUUGUUCUAACAAUAGAGAGUGAGAAAUUUGCUGCAUAUAAUUUGUCAAACGGAGUUUGGAGGGUUAUGGAAUUUGAUGGUAUUCCGAAUUCCAUUGGACUUGAAGAAGUGACCUUUAUGGAGAGUCUUAUAUCUCCAAAUCACAAAUCUGAUGAUCAAAUAGAAGAGUAA